CUGCAGUUAAAAAGAGAUUCUCUUCCUUCAGAUUGUUACUCACCACGAACAGGCCAUGGCUCGCAUUAAAUACGGAGCCUUGCCCCCUCACCUGCCCUCCAUGCUUCAUCCUUAACAUUUCUUUUCCCUCCCCACUCGGUUUCUUUCUCCAUCUCACACCUCUCAUCUUUUUCUUUGUUUCCUGUCAAAAACGCUUAAUACAAAAAUCCCACUGGCUUCUCCCCGCUGUUGUUCUCUCUAUUUCCUCUACAUAACAUUUCGGUUCUUGUGCUCUGCCACUCUCUUUCCUCAUCACUGUUCAUGUACACCGUAAGCUUCUGAACGUCAAAAGCGAAGCGCGAAAUCGCUUUGUUCUCUCUCUCUCAGGUAUGUACUGCUCUCUGUUCCCCCCCCAGGUGGAGGCACACAAGUGAGAAAAGGUACAGUUAUGGCAGGAGAUCAGCUUAAGGUGCUUAAUGCACUUGAUCUUGCAAAAACACAAUGGUACCAUUUCACAGCGAUUGUGAUCGCUGGCAUGGGUUUCUUCACCGAUGCCUACGAUCUCUUCUGCAUUUCUCUUGUGACCAAACUGAUCGGUCGCAUCUACUACUUUGAUCCACUCUCUGAGAAACCUGGCUCACUUCCUUCCAACGUUUCGUCUGCUAUCAAUGGAGUUGCAUUCUGUGGUACCCUUUCAGGCCAACUCUUUUUUGGCUGGCUCGGAGACAAGAUGGGAAGGAAACGUGUUUAUGGUAUGACUCUUAUGCUCAUGGUGAUAUGUUCGAUUGCCUCUGGCCUCUCUUUCGGUAAGCAACGCGAAGCUGUCAUGGCCACACUUUGCUUCUUCCGUUUCUGGCUUGGCUUUGGCAUUGGCGGAGACUACCCUCUCUCAGCCACCAUCAUGUCUGAGUAUGCCAACAAGAAGACUCGAGGGGCUUUCAUUGCUGCAGUUUUUGCCAUGCAAGGUUUUGGUAUUUUAGCUGGUGGCAUGGUUGCUAUCAUAGUUGCUGCUGCUUUCAAUGCUAGAUACCCUGCACCUUCAUAUAGCGAAAAUCGAUUUUUAUCCACAGUCCCUCAAGCUGAUUAUGCUUGGAGGAUAAUUUUGAUGUUUGGUGCCUUACCUGCUCUGCUCACAUACUAUUGGCGGAUGAAGAUGCCUGAGACUGCUAGAUACACUGCCUUGGUGGCCAAGAAUGCCAAGCAGGCUGCUUCAGACAUGUCGAAAGUUUUGCGGGUUGAGAUUGAAGCAGAACAGGAGAAGGUUGAGGAGGUGGAGAGACAGAGAGGGAAUGAUUUUGGGUUGUUCUCGAAGCAGUUCCUUCGUCGGCACGGCCUUCACUUGCUUGGAACCACCAGCACUUGGUUUCUUCUGGACAUAGCGUUCUACAGCCAGAACCUGUUCCAGAAAGACAUUUUCUCGGCGAUUGGAUGGAUUCCAGACGCUAAAACCAUGAGUGCCUUUGAAGAAGUUUACAGAAUUGGCAGAGCUCAGACUCUCAUAGCUCUUUGCAGCACUGUCCCCGGCUACUGGUUCACAGUGGCCCUUAUAGACAAGAUUGGAAGGUUUGCCAUUCAAUUGCAGGGCUUUUUCUUCAUGACUGUGUUCAUGUUUGCUUUGGCCAUUCCUUAUCAUCACUGGACUUUGAAGCACAACAGGAUUGGUUUUGUUGCGAUGUACUCAUUGACCUUCUUCUUCGCCAAUUUCGGUCCGAAUGCCACCACAUUCGUUGUUCCGGCUGAGAUUUUCCCGGCAAGGCUAAGGUCAACCUGCCAUGGCAUCUCAGCGGCAGCCGGCAAGGCUGGGGCUAUAGUGGGUACUUUUGGCUUUGUUUAUGCAGCGAAGGACUUUGGGGUGAGAAAGACUCUUAUAGCUCUGGGCGUAGUUAACCUCUUGGGGUUGUUGUUUACGUUCUUGGUGCCGGAAUCUAAAGGAAGAUCCCUUGAAGACAUGUCUGGUGAAGCAGAGGAAGAGGCCUCUAUCCCUAAUGGCCCUGAUGCCAGAACAGCUCCCGUCUAAGUUACUUGGCUGUCCAGUUUCCAAGUAUAAACAUACAUAGCUUCGUAGCAUUUGGCUGUUUGCAUUAAAGAUAGAUUUCUACCUUCACUUGCUGUUUAUGCAGAUGCAAACCAUCUGUAGACAACUAGAUACAGAUUGAGCCGUUUAGCUUCCUCGUAUUACUGUCACAAUGCCCAAGCCUUUGAUGUGUAAUAAUUAUGAAAGAAAUGUCAGAAAAUUUUGUGGUUUCUGCCCAUUUGUUCCCCUCGCGGUUUCUGAUAAUCUUGCACUUAAGUAC